AUGGCUGAUGUAAAUAUUGUAAGCGACCGUUUGCAAAAUAUGUUAACAGGCUUAUCAAAGUGUAAAAUCGAUUUUUUUAAUGUCGCGGAAGAAUGCAAGAGUCUUCGAGAAGUAAAUGUGAAAUUAGAGUUAGAACUGAAGGAAUCGCGCGAACUCGAGAAAUCACACCGGUAUCACUUGCAAGCUUCCCGCGAAAUGAUGGGUAAUCUACAGGAAACCGUAACACAGUUGGUUUAUCUCAAACGUGAUGUAAAAAAAUUAAAAGACGAGAUUGUUUCCAAGGAUAUGACCUUAGCAUCAAUGCAAAAGGAUAAAGACAACCUACAACAAAAGCAUGACGAUAUUAUUAUAGACUUAAGGAAAAGUCAUGAAAGGCACAUCGAAGAAUUAAUAUCGAUUAACGACAAAAAACUUCAGCAGGCUCAAUACAAUUCCGAUACGCAAAUAGCUCAAUAUACCUGCAUUAUUGAAGAGCUACGUGAGAAAUUGAAAGAAGUGGAAGAAGUCCAUAGAGACAAGAUGAACUUAGUAGUAUUGGAUUAUGAAGAGAAAGUACAACGAAGUUUAGCUGAAGUCGCCCAGCUUCAAGAACAGCUGUCGCUGCAAAGUGCUCGCUCAGACGCCAACAUUGAUGCUUAUCGUAGGAAACUUGAAGAAUUAGAAGAAAAAUUAAAACAGAGUCAAUUUAAAGAAUAUUUGGCUCAAAGCAGUUAUCCUAAUCAAAGCCAUUACGAAAAUAAAGUUGAACUUCCUUACUCUGUAAAUGCUAAUUCUUUUAAUUCGUUAUCUGCCGACUAUAACUCUACAACAGAAAGUCCUAAGCCAAGUCAAAGCCGUCACACAAUGUUUACGAAAUCUUCGAAGGCACCAGCAUUACAAGUCAUGUAUACUGAUACUAAGACUCCGAAUUUGCCUAAAAAUGACAAGAAAGGCCAUUUCAACAUAACGAAAAAGAGGAAAUUGUAUAGUGAAAAAGACUUUCUAAAUCAGUAACAUCUUAACAUGCCUUCGUCUCAUACGUAACUCUAUGUAUGACUUUGUCUA